AUGGAUAGUGAUCAAGAAUCUACCUCCUCAUCUUCCUUAUCAUCUUCUACCUAUUCAUCUUCGUCCUUGUCAGACAAUGCUAUUCAUUUGAAUCAAAAUAUGUAUCGAACAAUUAAAAAAGAAGUCUUUAUCUGGAUAGAUUCUGAAUUUAAGGAUAUAUAUGAGAUCGAUAGUGAUCGUACGUGGCUUGAGCAAAAAGAAAAUAUAAUUACAAAAUUUCUUCCACUGCUUUAUAAGUUAGUCAACAAAAAGUAUAAUGUUUCGAAUAGUGACAUCUUAAAGAUAUUACAUGGAUGUUGGCGUUUAUGCCAUCGUGUAAGCAAUAUAAAGAAGCAAGGAGACGACAAAGUGAAAAUGGAUAGGAGGAGAUUAAAGAAGAAUUCAAGAACUAUGGGCAAAAAAAAAAGAAGAGCUCAAGCGGCAAACUAUUUAAUAGAAAAUAAUGAUAAAUACAUUCGUAGAUACCCAGAGAAGGAGCUUGUACGAAUUCUUAAGGAAUCUGGUUAUCAUUCAGAGGAGUGGGAGGAAACCAAUUUUGAUGAAGAAAAUGAUAUAAUUGGUAAAGAAUCUGCUGUUAAAGAAAAGACAAUGUCAAUUCAUAUAUAUAAAACAUGGUGGCGUUCUUCUGCACUUCAGCGUUUAUUAUAUGAUCGGAUUGAUCUGACCGUUGAAAAACUGAGGAAAAAACCUCAAAUUCUAAAAAUUAAAAGAGUUCAAAGAUGUAAAACAACAACAAGUAUGCCUCCAGUGGAUACACCAAAUUGGUGUCUGACCGAUGAGGCUCUUAAAAGAUUUAAUCGUUCAACAAAUGAAAUUCCAACAUAUGAUUAUAAUACUAAUCAAGAUGAAGAAAGUGACGAAUAUCAUAACGAUGAAUAUGAAAAUAAAAAAACAAAAAAUAAAAAAAAUAAAAAAAGCAAAAAAAGGGGGGUAAAAAAACAUAAAAAUAAUUAAAUAUUAUGAUUAAAUACUUUUAUUAGGUUAUUCUUAUCAAUUGGCAUUUAUACGAAUUGAUUAAAAUAAAGUUGUAUGUAAGAUGAUUAAUUUGAACAUUCAAUCCAAUUAAUUUUAAAAUAAAAUAUGUAUAUUUUU